AUGUCUUUAAAUUAUGACAAUGAAAUACCAAAUAAAUCUAAUUUCGACGACCAUGGAGUAAAGAAAGCGGAUAGAAAGUAUAAGCCAAAUUUUCCGAAAGAUAUGCCUAGGCUCCCUUCAAUUGAGGAAUUUAAGUUAGACCGUAUUAUAUGUGAUGAUUUGAAGGAAGAAUCUCAAGAGGUUGUUGAUUCUAUGAUAAAAGUGGCUACUAGUUACCAGAAUGAUUUGAAGAGUGAAAUUCGAAGGAAACUUUCAAUUGAACAAAAGAUUCAAUUCAAAAACAUUGAAAUUGCAAAAAUUGCCCAUUCAUUAAGUAAGAAUAUUGCAGUAAGAAAUAAAAAGUUAAGAAAAGCGAUAAGCAAUAAUGGAAGUAAUUCGAACAGCAUGCACAAUAAUUCUGCUAGUUUACUUCUGUUAGGCACAGAGAGUACUAUUGACGACGAAAUAGAGAUUCUAUUAGAAUUAUCAGCAAAAGCUUCGGGUAAGAUUCGAGGAUUGACCCAGAGACUUUCAAAAAUAGACCACAGGGUAAACAGAAUGAAAACGGAUGAAAUCCUAGGACAACCAAAUUCUCGGAGAAAGCAAGAAUAUCCGUAUAUACAUAAGAUGCUUUCUCAGAAAGGAAGAAAGUCAGAAAUUAAACCAGCAUCACCAGUUAAUAAAGUAUCGGAUGAGGCUUUGACUGAAAGAGAUCCGAUGUCAGAACCAAACGUGAAUCGUAAAAAUCUACCACUCUUACAAGAUAUAAACGAUAAACCAGUAAUACAGCAGACUCCCCCUAUUGUAGAAGAGGAAGAUAUGGAUGCAGAGCAAUUCGAGCUAUUCAUGUCCUCAUCUAUAAACAAAUAUAGGGACCUUCAACUGAAUAAGUAUAACGAUGUUGAUAUAUUCACUAAACAGGAAUUCAACAAGAAUUCCGAACUCAAUGAUAUUUUUUUCGAUGAAAACGAAAUAAAUGAUAGUACAAGCGGUCAGUCCACAAGUCUUUCUACUUUCAAACCAGGAAACCCUUUGAGCUUAUUAUAUUCGUCAAUUAUUGAAGAUCCAAUAUCAAAUGAUCGAAGAUUAUCUGUUCGACCAUCAUUAAGUAACAUGGCUAUCAAUGUGAAGUCUCCAGCUACGGUCAAAUCAACACUACAAACAUCGCAUUUCAAAAAACUAAGAAUCAAUGGAUCGCCCAUCACGUCUGAAACAUUUCAGAAAAUGAAAGAGAAGCCAACAUGUGAAUGCAAUAAUCACGAAGAUGAUGAUCAUUUGUCACAUUUCAGUGAUCAUAGUGAGGAUUCUAUGGCAAAGAGGGCAUUGACAGACUCUCUAGUCGCGUUGGAGAGCUUUCAUAUGAGCAGUGAUGAUACGUCAGGCUUGAAUACUGAUCCUGAAGAUAAUGAUAUAGAAAGUGAACCCAAUAUGACUUCCGAGUCAUCAGACCUUGAUUCCAUGAGUAGCGAAUCGAGUGAUAACAAAACUAACACAUAUGCUGACCAAUAUUACACGUUACUUAAAGCCGAUUUAAAGAAGAAAAAGAAAAAGAAAAGACUACAUCUAGAAAGAACUCAACAAAUUCACAAGCGCCGUAUUUACCAAAGAAAAGAUAUAUCCCCAACACCAAAGCAUAAGCCGUCUCAUCAUUCUUUGAAACCCAAAAGGUCCAUACUAAAAUUGCCCCCAAUGAAAAUCCAACCAAAUUCAAAUGUGCCUCCAUUCCCCAAAAUACGAAUUACAGGUAUUGUAAGUGACUCUUCAAAAAAGCACAAUACCCUUAUGCCUGAAAUCAAAAACAUUGCUGCUAGUACUAUAAAUACACAGCCUACAGUUGGUGCAAGUAGUAUCAAUGAUUUCACAGUGACUGGCACCAUGGUUCUUGCAAGACCAAAUUCUAAUGAAUCCAGUAGUAAUGACAAUGAUGAGAAUGAAGUUAUUCUGUGGAACGGUCUACCCCAAGAAGUACACGAUGAUAAUGCUGAUUCCAUGAGCUUAAAAUCAAUAUCUAGAUUGAAGGGCCUUUUAUAA